AUGGCAAUGUCGCUCGCUUCACAAAUAAAACUCUGGUGGAACACGCAAAACAGUCCCACGGAGCACUCGUCCAUACCACUUCUCAAGGCCCGUCUCAGUCAGACCUGGCUCAACAAAUGGACUAUCGGUCUGCUGCUGGUGAGCAUCAAGCUGUGGAUGUUCAAGAUGUCGUUGUCCGGACAACUUGACGGCGCCGAAUCCAACUCCGAACGGUCUUGUUCGGCCCUUGAACGCUCAGUCAGCAAAAUGAUGUCCAUUCCUCACUACACGGCCACGGGGAUGAAUCACGUGAUUGCCACGGCUAUCCAGAAGUUUGUCUCCGGUUUGAUUAAGAUGGUUCUUUUGAUCAUUACUGGAGUUCAGGAGCUGUUGAUAUUCGCCGUCAAUAUGCUCAUUUCCACCUACACCUGUCUUAUCACACUUGUGGUUCAAGGUGCUGUUUCUCUGGCUGUCGACACCUCGAAGCACGUAAUCUCAUUUGUCAAUGACACCAUCAGCACAGUUGUUCCUGAGAUUGAAAAGGGUCUCAAUGGCCUUGCUGACGGUCUCAACACCGCCACCAACGCCUUUGUGGACCUGGGAAAUCUCAUCACGGGCAAGCAAGCCGAGGAGUACACUGGUCAGAUUGAUUUCGUCAAGCUCCAGCUCGAUGGGCUCAAGAAUGUCUCAAUUCCUGCGUCUGUCAACGAAAAACUCGACUCUGUGAAGGACAAGGUGCCUGAUUUCGAGACAGUCAAGAACGAAAUCGAGUCUCUUAUCCGAAAACCAUUCCAGACCAUUUCAAAGAGCAUGAACGAGACUCUUGCAACGCCAUUGAAUGUGUCUGACUCGCUCAAGGUGCCUGCUCUCAAGUCAGCUCAAUUCUGCAAAGACGCAAACAUCCCUGAAGUGUAUGCAAAGCUCAACUCUGGUUUGAACACCGGCCUCAAGGUAAUUAUUUCCCUACUUUUGAUUCUAGCACUAAUCAUGAUAGUGCCUGUGGCAUGGUCUGAAUGGAGACUGUGGAGGUACCACGAGGAGUUGUGGGUUGAACAAAGCACUGUGGACGUGAAACAGGAGAAGAGACACGCUUUCCACACUGUUCUAUUCCAGGCCCAGCACAAGUACGUCACCAUGGUCAAACAGAAACUCGCCUGGGGAAAGAAACUGUACCAACGCAACCUCAGUCAGUGGUACUGGGCAUACAUUUUGUAUCCCUACAUGCUGACUCUUCUUCUGGUUGGAUUAUUUGGUAUUCUAGCGUUUCUCCUACAGCUCGGUCUUUUGUCUAUCCUUAAGAGUGGUCUACAAAGCCUCACUGUGCCCACUUCAGAGGUAGGUGCUGACGUUACUGAGACAGUUGUGCGGGAAAUUGAGACUUGGAAGAACGACACAAACCUGUUUCUCAACUCCCAAGAGACUCACAUAAACAAGAACUUGCUUGGUUGGGUCGUAGACUCCACAUCCACAGUCAACACUACUCUGUCCACCUUCAUUGAUACUAUGAACAAUGGCAUUGACUCAGUGUUCAAAGACACUCCGCUCCAUGGGGCCGUUCAGGGCGUCACAAAAUGCCUAGUUACACUGAAACUACAAAAGGUUGCCGAUGGAAUGGGCUGGGUCAGCGAUAAUGCUCACGUGACAUUGCCUCGAAUCGACAAGGAACUCAUGAGCCAUCAAGACAUAGAGCAGGAGGCUUCAGAGAAGGCAGAUUACGUCAGCGACGGAAUUGCGAGAAUCAUAAAGACGGUGGAGAAGUUGCUGUUCACCGAGCUGUACAUUGCUCUAGCUUGUCUAGGCAUUUGGCUGUUCAUGUGUCUGAUUGCUUUGGUCUACGUUUUGAUCAAAUCUCGUGACCGAACAACCAACUUUGAGCCGUCACGUGAGUUGAAAUUCGAUAUGGUUGACACUUCACGUGACAUCAACGUCCCGCGAGUUCUUCCUCCUCAAAUCACCAUUCCCAAGCCGGCCUUGUUCAUGCGCAACCACAUUCCUUCUCCAGCCACUGAUCCGUUUGAGGAGUACCCUAUUAGACGCAACAAGAGCUCUUCGUGGCUGUUCAACCUCAAGUCUCCUGUCUUGCGGAAGUCCUGA